GAGAUCUAGUUGCUAGCUUCACCUCGGCAUAAUCACCACCUCAGCAGUUCACUUUCUGACGCCGCUGCGCGAUGUUGUUUUUCAACACUCGUGGUUUGUUGAAAUUUGUUGUUUUAAGACUUGAGUUACUUUAACCCGAGUGCUCCGGCGGGACCUUCGAUUUGGUGAGGUUCAUACAAGGGGAGCUACUCACGGUUGUUCGUCUGCUGACUAGGAUGUUUUUCUUCCACUUAUCAGAGCAAUAGAUCAACGAUGUCAAAUUGGAACAUCGCGUUUGGCUCCGUGCAGGAACUGCUGUUGAUUAUGUGACUUCACAAUAUUUAGAGUAAGAUGAAAGUAGAGAAAUCAGAAUUGAAAAACAAUCUCUAGCUCAAACAGAUUGACAUCGUUGCGUUGUUAAGGAUUUACAAGGCUUCGUGUUCAAGGAGUUAAUAUAAAUGCUUGUAUUAUAAAAAAAAAUUUUUCUUUUUUUUUCGGAGUAACUGUACAGAUAUUUGUGCUGUUAACGAUGCGGCUUUCUGCUGUCUGUCUGCUGUACUGGCUGCAGCUGUCCCUGUUGAUGUCAGCGCUGAGGGGCUUAGAUUUCAAAUACCACGGAGAAGAGGAGAUGGUAAAUUAUCUGAGAUUACUCAACAAGAAGUAUCCCAACAUGACCAAAUUGUACUCAAUUGGCAAGAGUGUUCAAGGUCGAGAGUUGUGGGUCCUUGCCAUUGGAAAACAUGUCGCCAGCCCGGUACCGCUGAUUCCUAAUGUUCGAUACAUUGGGAACAUUCAUGGUAAUGAGGUAGUAGGCAGAGAACUGUUGCUCCACCUGGCUGAGCAUUACCUAACAAUGUACUCAACAAACAGCACUAUACAAACAUUUCUAGACUCUACAAACAUCCAUCUGUUGCCAUGCAUGAAUCCUGAUGGCUUCCACAUCUCUAAGCCCAACUAUUGUGAUGGUAUUCAGGGAAGAAACAAUAGCAACAAUUUUGAUUUGAACAGAAAUUUUCCAGAUAGUAACAACCCAAGACCCCCACCAAUUCAGCCCGAGACAGCAGCGGUCAUUCGAUGGGUGCACUCGACCCAUUUUGUUCUGUCAGCAAACUUACACGGUGGUGCGAUGGUUGUCAAUUAUCCAUUGGACGUGUUUCCAGGAGAUAUUUAUAGCACCAGAAGCUCUCCCUCUCCAGAUGAUGAUGUGUUUGUACAUUUGUCCCUUGUCUUCUCUAGAUCUCAUGCUAAUAUGUACAAAGGAAAUCAUUGUGACGAUCAUUUUGUGAAUGGGAUAACAAAUGGCGCUGAAUGGUACCCAGUCCUGGGUGGAAUGCAAGACUUUGUGUACAAAGUGGCCAGUGGCUAUGAAGUUUUGAUAGAAAUCUCUUGCUGUAAGUACCCAAGGCCUUCAGAGUUGCCCAAGUUAUGGAUUUAUAACAAGGAUGCUUUAAUCAAUUUCAUGAUGACUGUGCACAUAGGUGUUAAAGGUAUUAUUUAUGGAGAAUCUGUACAAAAUUCAAGUGGUGUCCCUUUAAAAGGAGCUACUGUUUCUAUCAAGGGCAGAGAUAUUCCAUUCUACACUACAUCCAGGGGAGAAUAUUACAAACUUUUACUACCAGGAAAUUAUGUUUUGAUGGUUAGCCAUCCUCUGUACGAGAGCUAUUCCACGUUUGUCAAAGUUCAAUCCUAUGGGGUGACACGGAAGGACAUCUUGUUGUCUUUAAAAUCCAACCGUUCCGAGCACACAUCAUCUACACCAAGAAGGCAGGGUGCUGCCAAUAGUACCAUUUCCACAGUCAACACAUUUGAUACUGCCAACUCCUCAAGCCCUGCUAGUCCAUUGUUUCAUGUCUUGACCUUCACCCUGGUGGUUGUAUUGCUAUUUUAACAAAGUUUUCCACAGAUGUUUUUGAUGGUUUCAAUAAUUAUUUUUGUUUACAAAUAUCAUGCUACAUUUAUCAAAUGUUCACACUGAGAAGGAUGUUCUAUGCUCUAACCAUUUCAUUUGGUUUUCUUGUUAUAAGUUUCACAUUUCAUAAUCAUGCAGAGCAGAAUAAUUUAUUCAAGAUUUUUAUGACUUUCAAUGUAUGUAGGCCACUGUAAACCCUUCGGAAAUUGUAAAAUAUACAUUUUUAGAUGAGACCAGUGGUUCACCAAGGAUGUGGUAGCUUAGUAUUAGCACCACUUGAGUGGGUGGGUGGCUGCCUGGUCAUGUGGUAUGCUACUAGACUGUUGCUCAGGCUUGACAAUGGUCCUGGGUUCAUACCCUGCCCACUGCCAUCUCCUGUCGUCCUGGGGAAGGUUUGGACUACGAAGUGAAUUAUCUUAAUAAUAAUAAUAAUAAUACAAUUUGUGCAUUACACCAAACAAAACAUUAUAACUAUAAAAAAAACAAAGUGUACAUUCACACCAGACUCACUCAUAAUUUACAUGUGAAAAGUUUAUAUCAGAUUGUUCUUAUUUAAUGAUUUGAUUGCCAGGGAAACAAAAGAGUUUUUGUGUCUGUUUGUCUUUGCUAUUGGUGUCUUGUAUCUCUUUUGUGAUGGUAAAACCACAACCCAAAGGGUUAUUUUUUUAUUUCUAGAAUCUUUUUAGCUUUUUUUAUGGAUGUUUGUCUCAAACAGCUGCCCAAUUUGGGUUUGUUUUUUGCCAAUGAUUUUACCAGCAGCAUUUAGUAUUUGUAAAGUUUAUUUUCUUCAACUCUGAAGAAGCAUCUGAAACAUGUGAAACAUUGACAAGUACCUGGGAGUCUUGACUUUCAAUCAAACUGUUGGAUCCAGAAACAUUUUAUGCUCACAACAUUGUGUUAAUUGGAACAAUGAAACCUUAAUAAUUAAUUGGCAUAUUUUCAUUGGUUCUAGACUGAUCAAAUGUUUGACACUUAAGUAUAAUAAUAAUAAUGUACUUAUGAAGUUUAUGUCAAAUAUGAUUUAUUGUAUCAAAAUGACCAAUUCUUUGAUACAUAUAUAUAUAUAUAAAGGUCUUAUGGCUGAGUGCUAGAGGACUCAGUGCUCAAACAGAAAGGCUUGAGUUUAACUUGAGAUGUAUACUGUCAUUUUUUUAAUUUGGUAAAUUUAUUGGUUACUUGACAUUUUGUCAUUUUUGUAAGUUACUUUACUAGGAGGAACAUUUAUAUUUUUUACAAAUAUUGCCUGACAAUUCUGUAAGUCCUGGAGGAAAAAUGUACUCCCUCCCCACCCACCCCACCCCCACUUGAUAAGCCACUAAGUCUGAAGGGAAAGAUGUAUAAAUUUCAAUGGACACAGUUGUUAAUGCUGAAAGGUUGUGCCAACAAGAACAAUAGAAAUGUAAUGUGUAGUGUGUCAACACUUUAACAAUAGGAACAUAAUGUGAUGUUUGGAUGUUAUCAGA